CAAUUUCUGUGGGAUUAUUAUUUAUUAUUUAUUAUUUAUUAAGGCAGUCCCAGUAUUUGUACAUAAUAUUGAUUAUAGCUAUCAUCUACUAUAUAUAUGUGUAUAAAUAUAUCUUCAUUUUCCAUUCCAAACCGUUCACUACAUUUUCUACCUAGAUUGAUCAUAUAUAUCUUUCAACCUCUAUUUGCGCUCAUUUUUGGAGUUAAGGUUCUACAACUAGCAAUUGUAUACAUACAUAUAAUUAAUUUCAUUAGUGAAGAAAAAGAAAAAGAAGGAAUUAUCUGAAAUGGUUGGACAACGCGUACGAGCAUCACCAUUCAAAUACUUUGUGGUGGAUGCAUUUACGAGCUCUCCACUAAAUGGGAAUCCUGCAGCAGUGUUAUUUCUAAAUGAAGAAAAAGACCAAAAAAGUCUGCAAGCAAUGGCUCAAGAGUUCAAUUUGUUGACUUGUUACGUGACAAAAAUAGCAUCUUUAAAAGCGUCCGAUACUCCUAGAUUUAACCUUCGAUGGUUUGCGCCUGCUUCAGAGGUGAAAAUAUGCGGACAUGGAACCAUAGCAUGCACACAUGCAAUAUUAUCAAAUGGUGCAAUCCAAGGAAAUGAAAUAGAAUUUGUGACUCAAUCCGGAGUGUUCUUAGCUAAGAGAAUUUUAGAGUCGGAGACUGAUUCAAAUGGUCAUAAGAUUGCAAAUUCUUACAUUCAGUUAUUAUUUCCUUUAUAUCCUACACUUCAACUUGAACCAUUUGAGAUGAAGUUGGUGCCUUACUCUCUCAAAGGUGCAUCCACCUUAAAUAUCAUGAAAAUGCCCAAGGAAAAUGAUCUCAUUGUUGAAUUGAUGUCAAGCAAGCACGUGACAGAUUAUAAUCCAAAUAUGAAUGAAAUAAAGAAAUGGCCAGGGAGAGGUGUUGCUAUAACAGGAUUAGCUCCUCCAGAUUCUGGAUUUGACUUCUUCACUCGUUUAUUUAGUCCCAAUUUCGGAAUUGACGAGGAUCAAGUGUGUGGGAGUAUACAUUGUGCCGUGGCACCAUAUUGGAGCAAAAAGCUCGGAAAAUCUAAUCUCAAAGCUUAUAUGGCAUCUCCAAGAGGAGGAAUUUUAAGGCUACAAGUAGAUACAGAAGGUGAACGAGUACUAAUAGCAGGUGAAGCUGUAACUGUUAUGGAAGGCUCAUUUUAUGCUUAGCAAUUAUAAUCACAAUUCGGAAUUUGGUCUUUCAAUAAUGAUACAAUUCAACCGCCUUUUUUAUUCAUGUCAUGAAUUCUUUCAAUUUCGAGUUAUUGUUUUAUAGAACUACGUUGUUGUCUUAAUUAUUUGUAUCUUAAUUCUCUCUUCUUUUUUUUUUUUCCUUUUUUGGUAUAUAUAUAUAUAUGAAUAAUUAAUAAUCUAAUCAAAUAAAUUAAUG